CGUUUUGCUCUAGAUUUUUUAAGUGGCGACUGCCGGAGUGCGGUGGGACAACAUCCGUAUAAAACUAAUCUCAAACCCAACGAAGCCUCGAGGCAAUGCCCAAUUACUACGACGAACUAGAAAUCGAAGACUUCGCCUGGGAUCCAGUUGCCCGGGUAUUCCACUAUCCGUGCCCUUGCGGUGACCGUUUCGAAAUAUCCAAAGGUCAACUUCGAGAUGGGGAGGAAAUUGCCAUCUGCCCUAGUUGCAGUUUGAUCGUUAGGGUGAUCUACGACUAUCUUGAUUGGGAGGACUAUGUCACGACAGACGAUGAGGAUGAUGGUGGCUCUGUGGACACCCCUCUUUCCAACACGUCCCCUGACCCAGCAUAUCCGGUUGUUGUGGGGUCGGCCGAAGUCGAGAGCCAGUCUAAAACAGCUUCGAGUGCUGUCUCAUCGCAAAAGGAAGAGUGCACCUCGUUGAGUGACAGACUAGCAGGACUGCAGGUUGAGAGUGGGAAAGAAGAUGACCCGGUUCAAGAACAUAAAAGGGAAGAUAGUUCUGAUGUUUUGCAUUGACAAAUAAUUAUGUUUACACUGCCUUUUGGCACCAGUUUGUCGUACAGAUUAAUUCCUUCCUUGCAUAAAUGCGCAUGCUAUGAGAGAGCCAUCAUCUCUGCCUCGAAAAUCUCCCAUUCCGGUUCGCUUUCGCUUUCAUCUUCCGUCUCCGAAUAUACGGAGAUAAUGCCAUCACUAUCGUCUGUAUGUGUAGAAUGACGGAUACCUUCGCCACCGACGUCCUUGCUCUUCAUUGAUCUGGC